AUGCCAAUUGACCAAGAAAAACUAGCCAAGCUACAAAAACUCUCUGCUGCCAACAAAGUUGGUGGUACCCGUAGAAAGUUUGCCAAAAAGACUGGAUCUUCUGCCGGUGGUAACAAGGACGACACCAAAUUGCAGGCGCAAUUGGCGAAAUUGCGUGCUGUGACAAUUGACCAGGUGGAAGAGGCCAACUUCUUCAAGGAGGACGGCAAAGUUCUGCACUUCAACAAGGUGGGUGUGCAAAAUGCUCCUCAGCACAACACUUCGGUUUUCUACGGUAUUCCACAGGAGAAGACUUUGAACGAGCUUUUCCCAUCGAUCAUUCCCCAGCUAGGUGAGGACUCCAUCAAUGCGUUGACCCAAUUGGCUUCACAAAUGCAGGCCGGCCAAGCCGGUCAGGAAGCUGCUGGUGCCGCUGCUGACGAAAAGGCCGAUGCUGACAUCCCAGAGCUCACCGGUCAAAAAUUCGACACUGACGUCGAGUAA